AUGAACCGCAUUCUGGAAUCGGUGCUCCCGAGGUCCGAGGAGGAUGAAGAGAUGCGGGAGAGCUCCGAACUGGACGAAGCGCAGCCGGAGGACGAUGACCUCGUCGAGAAGGAGCAGGCCAUUGUGGCGCUGAAGGAGUUCGCUGCCAACUCGGGAGCUGCUUUCGCUCCGUAUCUUCAUCCGGCGUUCGACUGCGUCCUUAAGGUAGUGGACAGCCCCUACGACUCCAUUCGCAAGGCCGCGCUGGAGGCCCUGUCCCAGUUCGUGAUCGCUCUGUACAAGAUCGGGGAUGCAGAGGGAGUUGCUCGCGCCAGCCUGGUGGUCGUACCCAAGUUGGCCCAAGUCGCUCGCGUCGACCAGGAGCAGUCGGUAAUUAUUGCCGCACUGGCAGCACUCGGAGAACUGUUGAAGGAAGUCAAGGGUGGCGUGGUGCCCACAAUCGAGUUGCGAGGGAUUAUCUGCGAACUCAUCAAGGACUUGAUGACCAUCAAGGCGGCUUGCCCAGACGGUGAUGGAAAUGGCGACGACGACAACGAGGAGGUGGAAGGCGGGGACGUUGUCAUGGAGCAUGCGGCCCAAUUCCUCCCGCUCUUGGGCCUUGCCCUGGAGCCUGAGGAGUUCUCCGUCUACUUCGCACGACUCCAUCUUCAGUAUGUCCAGCACAUCCCGAGAGAUCCCAUUGCCACUGACCAUUGCUACAUAAUUUACGGCGCCUUGGCCGACUGCCUUCAGAGCCUGGGCACCUGGAUCGGCCAAUACUUCGACCACCUGUGCUCCGUGUUCAUCCAGGGGACAUCUCACCCAGACGCGCACGCCCGCAAAAAGGCAUACUACGGCCUGGGCGAGCUGGUCUUGCAUUCAGAGAGGAGGUCUUUCGCAUCUUAUCCGAUCAUCCUCCAAUCCCUCUCGAAUGCCAUCGCCACGGAGAGGAACCCUUCUGCCCUGGACCACAUUAUAGCAGCUCUCGCCCGGCUAUUGAUCACCCACAUGGAAGGUGUGCCUCUGGGUGAAGUCCUCCCAGCGUUCAUGUCCUACCUGCCACUGCGCGAGGAGACGCGCGAGAACGUCUCGGUCCAAAAGGCGUUCCGGGUACUCUUCGCCAAGGCACGACCUGCCGUUGAGCCGUAUCUGGAGCAGAUGCUAGUCAUCACCGUUCAAACGGUCCUCAGGAAGGAACUACCCGACUCCCAGUCUACCGAAGAGAGCGUCAACUUCAUCAGGGAAAUUGUACAUCAUUAUCCUCCGUUUUUCCAAAAACUGUCUAGUUCCGAGGAGUGUGCGAAUCUCAUGCACUUGUUGUAA